AUGCAGGAGGCAUCCCAGGAAGAAACCUUCGUCCGCGGCAUCGACGCAAAGCGCAAGCCCGCGUUGAGCGCAGACUCUAUCUGCGGCGCCCUCUUCUACCUGUCGGCGAUUGCACAGGUGAUCCUGUGCUUUGUGACCUUUGCUGCGAAGAACGCCGAGAUCGCUGAGUUCGAUUCGGCCGGCUACGUCAGGUGCCCUGAUGGGAUGGUCUGGGCAUCAAAUUGCGGUUCGGCUCCGCUGUAUUCGACCUAUACCGAGUGCAUCAGCAGGGACCUCUGUGAUCAGGUCGCCGUCUGCGUCGGGGAGCGCAGGCUCGGGGAGGCAGCGGGCACGGACGAGGCGCACACCAACAGGGUGGAGCUUUUGGAGGCCGUGGCCGCGACGGAGGGCCCCUACGCCGAGCACGCGCGCCGCCUUUUGGCGGGGGGCGAGGAGGUCCCGAAGAGCCUCUGGGACUUCUUGGAGACGCACUUCUAUGUCCCCACGCUCCUCUUGGGGGGCGUCUUCCUCGCCGCGAGCCUCUGGCUCCUUGCGCUGCAGCAGUUCCCCAGGAGCAUGAUAUGGGGAACAAUCGGCGCCGACAUCGUCUUGCUCCUGGCUGGCUUCGUCUGGUUCAAGCUCGAAGCGGACAUGUGGAACCCGGCGUUGGUUAUCGUUGCCGGCCUCACCGCGAUGGCCGCAUUUUUUCUCAGGGCCAGGAUCGACCAAUGUUCAGUGGUUAUGAAGGCCGCCAUGGACGGGCUGGUCUCCAACAGGAGAGUCUUCUUGGUAUGCGCAAGCGUCACAUGCCUCUGGGCGGCCUUCUUCGCCAUGUGGGUUGCGGCUUUCAUCGGCAUGGUCUUUGUCAAAGAGGUCGUCCAGCUUCCGCCCGACGAGUAUACAUCAUCCUACCUCCCCGGAUGCGAGCUGCAGGAGGUUCCUUGGCUUGCAAGCGGUUGGACGAAGCUCUUCUUCUUCGUGAACCUCUACUGGACCACCUACUUCUUUCGCAACGUGAACCUCAUCGUCGUCAGCAGCACCGUGUCCGGCUGGUACUUCAACAGCGAGGGCUACCAGAGCUUCUGGAUCCAGGCUCUGCGUUGGGGCUUCGUGGACCUUGCAGGAGGCAACGCCAUUGCCUCCGCCACCAUGGGGUGUGCGUCCUACCUCCUCAGCAGGAUCAAAGGCCCCUGGAGCCUGGCUCUCGCCUGCCUGAACCCCGUCGACUGGAUCCUCGUGUGCAUCGCCUUUGCUCUCCAGCAUGUCCUUCACGCCUUCACGAGGUUUGGGCUCAUCUCGCAGGCAUACUCUGGGAGACCUUUCUGUGAUUCCGCGUUUGCUGGCAUGAAGCUUCUGAAGAGGCAACUGGGGACGGCCGUGCUCACCGACUACAUCGGCACGCGCGUUAUGUCAUGGGCUACGUACGUUGUCGCCCUCUGCGUAGCCUGUGCCACCUGGGCCUGGGCGGACCACGUGCAAGGUGUGGAGAGCAUCACGCAUAUUUCACCAGAAGCGAUGGUAUUCGUCAUGCUCGCCUUCGCUGGGAUUAUCGCCAUGCCCUUCUACUGCCUGGUCGCGGUGAUCUGGCUCGAGGUGGUCCUUCGACCUUGGGGCAGCAGUAGCGAUCCUGAUUCUUUCGAGACCCGGGCCGUCCUCAACGCUAUCUUUGCCGCGCUCUUCCUCGGCGCUGUCGUGCACUUCACCAUGGACACAGUGUCCCAGAUCGUCGUGAACGCCAUGGACACCAUCUUCUUCUGCUUCGCUGUGGAGACGCAGCACGGCGACGCAAAGCAGGAGAGAUUUGCUGGCCUCUACGACAACAUGAAGGCAACCAUCGCUCCUGGAGCCCUGCCGCAGGAUGCCGUGGUUGGCGUCCCUCCAUGCUCGCAGUCGAUACAGGUAAUGGUCCCGGAGGGUGCUGGUGAGGGCUUCGUGUUAAGGGUGCCUGCGCCCCAAGGCCACUCGAUUGAAGUGACUGUCCCGGCUGGCUUCGCGGCGGGCUCCGUCAUGACACUGACCGUGCCCAACGAUGCGUCGCAGCCACCCACCGUGCAUCCGCCCCUGUUGGUGCCCUGCGCACAGACCACGCGGGUGGUUGGCAGUCCACAGGCGGGUAAUGCGGUCACCAACAGCGCCGAUGAAGCGGAGGUGUGA